AGCCGAACGGACUGGGGCGCGCGGGAGGCGCGCAGAGCUCGAGAGCUCUCGGGCUGCCCGAGCUCGCAGCGCCUGGGGAAUUGGGCUGUGGGCGAGGCGGCCAGGGCUGGCCUUUAUCGCUCGCCCUGCUGGUGGUUUGAAACUUUAUCAGCGAGUCUCGCCACUCGCCGCAGACGCGCGGGGGGCGGGGGCGCGGCGAGGCGCCUGCGGCCGUGACGAGGCGCUCCCGGCGCUGAGCGCUUCUGCUCGGGGCACGCAUGGCGCCCGCACACGGAGUCUGACCUGAUGCGGACGCAAGGGGGUUAAUAUGAACGCCCCUCUCGGUGGAAUCUGGCCCUGGCUCCCCCUGCUCUUGACCUGGCUCACCCCUGAGGUCAGCUCUUCAUGGUGGUACAUGAGAGCUACAGGUGGCUCCUCCAGGGUGAUGUGUGACAAUGUGCCAGGCCUGGUGAGCCGCCAGCGGCAGCUGUGCCACCGACACCCAGAUGUGAUGCGUGCCAUUGGCCUAGGCGUGGCCGAGUGGACUGCAGAGUGUCAGCACCAGUUCCGCCAGCACCGCUGGAACUGCAACACCCUCGACAGAGAUCACAGCCUCUUCGGCAGGGUCCUGCUCCGAAGUAGUCGGGAAUCUGCCUUUGUUUACGCCGUCUCCUCAGCGGGAGUUGUGUUUGCCAUCACCAGGGCCUGUAGCCAAGGAGAAUUAAAAUCCUGUUCCUGUGAUCCAAAGAAGAAGGGAACGGCCAAGGACAGCAAGGGAAAUUUCGACUGGGGUGGCUGCAGUGAUAACAUUGACUAUGGGAUCAAAUUUGCCCGAGCAUUUGUGGAUGCCAAGGAAAGGAAAGGAAAGGAUGCCAGAGCCCUGAUGAACCUUCACAACAACAGAGCCGGCAGGAAGGCGGUAAAGCGGUUCUUGAAACAAGAAUGCAAGUGUCACGGAGUGAGUGGCUCGUGUACUCUGAGGACGUGCUGGCUGGCCAUGGCUGACUUCAGAAAAACGGGCGAUUACCUCUGGAGGAAGUACAACGGGGCCAUCCAGGUCGUCAUGAACCAGGAUGGCACUGGUUUCACUGUGGCUAACAAGAGGUUUAAGAAGCCAACAAAAAAUGACCUCGUGUAUUUUGAGAAUUCUCCAGACUAUUGUAUCAGGGACCGAGAUGCAGGCUCUCUGGGUACAGCAGGCCGUGUAUGCAACCUGACUUCCCGGGGCAUGGACAGCUGCGAGGUCAUGUGCUGCGGGAGAGGCUAUGACACCUCCCACGUCACCCGGAUGACCAAGUGCGAGUGUAAGUUCCACUGGUGCUGUGCCGUGCGCUGUCAGGACUGUCUGGAGGCCCUGGACGUGCACACAUGCAAGGCCCCUAAAAGCGUUGACUGGGCGGCUCCCACAUGACCCCAGAGGAGGUUGCCAUCACCUUCUCUCCUGCAGGGACUCCACUGGAUCUGCAAGGACACUGGGCCUUUGGGUUUUCUCGGAGAGAUAUUUCCUAAGGCAUGUGACUUUGCCUCAACAGAAGUCCUUCCUCUCCCACCCAGGUGGCCCCAGAACUGGGGCCACAUGUUGCACACAAAGCAUGCCUUAUUCCCUCCGCCUUCGAGCAUUCUGGGCCGCAUCUCUUCCUGGUCAGGACAGACUGCUAGGAGGGGAGGGGCCGGCCACAUCACUGUCUCCACCCACCUAGACGUUUCCUCUUUCUAGAGCGGCUGGCCAGAGGGGAAAAGAGUGUCCCAAAGGAGCUUUCUCUGUGUCUCCCAAUAAAUGAUCAUAGUUCAGAAAUCCCAUACUUCUCUCAGGAGGGUAAAGACAGCAGGACCAACUGCCACCGAAUUAACUGUAAAUCCUGAAAAGACCAAGCAAGGCUUUUGCCUGAUCAAGUGAUUUUCGCAGCCACCACGUCCAGGGGUAAUUGGUAACUGCCUGGAGAAAGAUGGCUUUCAAAGAACUUCAGGUUUAAAAUGCAUAUUUUUCAAAGCACUUAUUGCUAUAUUAAAAUUUGACGUAACAAGAUGGGACUGUUGUCCUUUGGUACAGUUUUGGAAUCUUUACAAUAGCAAGAGCCUCAGAAAGUCAUUGCUUUGCAUUGACUUAAUAUAAAGCAACUUUAUAUAUAAAGUCCCCUUAAUAUAAAGCAACUUUAGGGAUCUCACUUAACAUCUGAAGGGAAUUUAAAAGAAAGAUUGAUGAUCUGGCAGUAUUCUGACCUAUUGGGGGAGGAUGGAGGAGAAUAACAGUGAGUAAAAUAUCAGAAAAUGUGUCUGUACAGAUAAGGAGAAAAAGGGGAAUAAAAUUUCUAUCUGGU